AUGGCGGCGAUGGCGGUCGGUGGUGCCGGUGGAAGCCGCGUGUCCAGCGGGAGGGACCUGAAUUGCGUCCCCGAAAUAGCUGACACACUGGGGGCUGUGGCCAAGCAGGGGUUUGAUUUCCUCUGCAUGCCUGUGUUCCACCCGCGUUUCAAGAGGGAAUUCACUCAGGAACCUGCUAAGAGUCGGCCGGGCCCCCAGACACGAUCAGACCUACUGCUGUCAGGAAGGGACUGGAAUACACUAAUUGUGGGAAAGCUUUCUCCAUGGAUUCGUCCAGACUCAAAAGUGGAGAAGAUACGCAGGAACUCUGAGGCGGCUAUGUUACAGGAGCUGAAUUUUGGGGCAUAUUUGGGUCUUCCAGCUUUCUUGCUGCCCCUAAAUCAGGAAGAUAACACAAACUUGGCAAGAGUUUUGACCAAUCACAUCCACACUGGCCACCACUCCUCCAUGUUCUGGAUGCGGGUGCCAUUGGUGGCACCAGAGGACCUGAGAGAUGAUAUAAUUGAGAAUGCACCGACUUCACACACAGCGGAGUACAGUGGAGAGGAGAAGACAUGGAUGUGGUGGCACAACUUCCGGACCUUGUGUGAUUAUAGCAAGAGGAUUGCAGUGGCUCUUGAAAUUGGUGCUGACCUCCCAUCUAAUCAUGUCAUUGAUCGUUGGCUUGGGGAGCCCAUCAAAGCAGCCAUUCUCCCCACCAGCAUUUUCCUGACCAAUAAGAAGGGAUUUCCUGUUCUUUCUAAGAUGCACCAGAGGCUGAUCUUCCGACUUCUCAAGUUGGAGGUACAGUUCAUCAUCACAGGCACCAACCACCACUCAGAGAAGGAGUUCUGCUCCUACCUCCAAUACUUGGAAUACCUGAGCCAGAACCGACCUCCACCCAAUGCCUACGAACUCUUUGCCAAGGGCUAUGAAGAUUACCUGCAGUCCCCACUCCAGCCACUGAUGGAUAACCUGGAAUCUCAGACAUACGAAGUGUUCGAAAAGGACCCCAUCAAAUACUCUCAGUACCAGCAGGCCAUCUAUAAAUGUCUGUUAGAUCGAGUGCCAGAGGAAGAGAAGGACACCAACAUCCAAGUGCUGAUGGUGCUGGGAGCAGGCCGGGGGCCCCUGGUGAAUGCGUCCCUGCGGGCCGCCAAGCAAGCUGACCGGCGGAUAAAGCUGUACGCUGUGGAGAAGAACCCAAAUGCUGUGGUGACGCUGGAGAACUGGCAGUUUGAAGAAUGGGGAAGCCAGGUGACAGUAGUCUCAUCCGACAUGCGGGAGUGGGUGGCUCCAGAGAAAGCAGAUAUCAUCGUCAGUGAGCUUCUGGGGUCCUUUGCUGACAAUGAACUGUCACCUGAGUGCCUGGAUGGAGCCCAGCACUUCCUCAAAGAUGAUGGUGUGAGCAUCCCUGGGGAGUACACCUCCUUUCUAGCUCCCAUCUCCUCCUCCAAGCUAUACAAUGAGGUCCGAGCCUGUCGGGAAAAGGACCGUGACCCUGAGGCCCAGUUUGAGAUGCCUUAUGUGGUACGACUGCACAAUUUCCACCAGCUGUCUGCGCCCCAACCCUGUUUUACCUUCAGCCAUCCUAACAGAGAUCCUAUGAUUGACAACAAUCGCUACUGUACCUUGGAGUUUCCUGUGGAGGUGAACACAGUGCUGCAUGGUUUUGCAGGCUACUUUGAGACUGUGCUUUAUCAGGACAUCACUCUGAGUAUCCGUCCAGAGACUCACUCUCCUGGGAUGUUUUCAUGGUUUCCCAUCCUCUUCCCCAUUAAGCAGCCCAUUACUGUGCGUGAAGGCCAGACCAUCUGUGUGCGUUUCUGGAGAUGCAGCAAUUCUAAGAAGGUGUGGUAUGAGUGGGCUGUGACAGCACCGGUCUGCUCUGCUAUUCACAACCCCACAGGCCGCUCUUACACCAUCGGCCUCUAG